GUAACUAUGGGUCAGGGCCGGGCUGUUUGAUGCUCAGUCCCAUGGAAACCUCAGCCUCCAGCUAUAAAUACAGUGUUGGGGAGCCAGAGCCAGGAGAGACAGAGUCAGGCCUCCCCUAACUGCAGGGCAUUUCUCCAAGCAUCAUGGCUGAGCCAAAAUCCAUGCAGAGCGAGCCCAUGCCUUUAGAUAUGGAAAACCGUGACCCCAAUAACAUGAAUGAGCAUGUCAGGGUGAGUAUAGCACCAAAGGUGGUGUUGAGGUCCUUGUGGGUUUCCAGAGAGGGACAUGUGGAGUUGUGGGUGUCUUGGUAUAUUACUCAUGGAUGGAAUAUUAUUUUAGCAGAAUAUUAUCUAGCUCUGGGAAGUAUAUAAUCACUUGUGGUGCAUCUCAGUGAGCAACGCUAAGAUCCAUUAAUGCCCUUUUAAAAAAAUAUUUUUGACAAUCUUUAUUAGUUUUUCAUUUUCAUUUUAGUUGUACUUUUCAUUAAUGCACUUUAUAUAGAGGUGGUACAACUUCCAAAAAACUGCACAAAAAUGUUUGCCUAAAUUAUCAGUUUAUAAUUCAAAUUGGUGUUUAGUUAAUAACGUAUAGUGUCCACAGCAAUCUGGUUCCAUAGAUCCGAUUCAGAAAAAGAACCUUAUAUCACAGGGAUUUACAUAAAACUGCCAAUGCCAAAUAAGGACUUUACACAGGAGGGAUUAUGUUUAACAAUAAAAUUGUUUUUUAAUUUAUUGCUCUAGACUCUUUUUUUUAUUUUUUUUAUUAUUAUUUUGCAUAUAUAGUUGCUGUCACAGGCCAUGUUUAUUAUGUAUUGUACGAGUAUUAGCAAUAGAAGUUUUUUUUCCCCUGUAAAAUCCAAGCAUUUCUUAAAGUCCAUUGUUGAAUAAUAAUAAAUCAUAAUGUUGUUCAAUGCAGUGAUUUCAAAAUCUGUCCUCAAUGCAUACUAACAGGCCAGGAUUCUAGGCAAUUCUAACAGUCAGAGGUGUGCGCAGUACAUUUUUAUUAGGGUGUGCACCUGGGUGGGAGAGCCCUGGUGGGCACGUCAGUGAUGCAACUUAAUGGAUGGAGUCUAAUCAGAACUGGAUUAAGGGUGCCAGAUUGUGGCCCCUUUCUAGAGCCCUGUGCUCUGUUUCUGUGAGUGGUGUGUGUAGUGGCUGAGUGUUGUGUGUGUGUGGAGGAGAGAUGUAUGGGGGGGCUGAGUGUGUCUAUUUGUGUUUGUACGCAUUUAUCACAGACUGUGUCUGUGUCUCUGGCAUUGUGUACAUGUGUAUAGUGUGUAAUUCUGGCUGAGCUGUGGUGAUACUACAGUGGUCGCUAAGCUCGCAGUCUCUCUGUGUUCCACCGGUCAUAGGGAAAAAGAAUAGCUAAGCAGAGAGCUCCCAAAAUUAGUUAUGGUAAUUUAAGUCAUAUAACAGAUUAUGCUAUUGAAAGCAGCACAUGUGUCGAGUCUUUUCCUGCAGGAGAAGUUAUUUAUCUCCAGAAAGCUAAACGAUGGCUAAUACAGAACUGCGCUCAAUGCUCAAAACGAUCAGCCAAUGAGCACAGCAUGGAGCAGCUUAGCGCAGUUGAGCUUCUCCUGCAAGGAGGACCUGGAUGAAGGGGUUGGGAGGGCUCCAGGACUCUUGCUGUAGUGGUUAUGAUGCUUUAAAUGUUUCUUUAAAAUAUGAACCAGACACCAGUGAUAAUAGAGCACAAUUUAGUUUCCAAUGUUCGUCUUCUUAUACUGUUGUCUUUUCUCACCAGGUCCUCUUCGAAGAUGCCUUUGGAGAGCCUGAUGGAUCCCACAGUAUUGACGGGGUAUGGGGUAUGUCCUUCAAGACAUUCAACGGCGUGAAGAACUGCUGUUACAUAGUGCUGUCCAUACUAUGCGGCUGCCCAAUGGCCUUCUGCUGGGCCCUGGACUUCGCUUGCAUUCAGUGCUGUCACAUCUGGAUGAUUGGACCUUGUGUGCACAUCUGGAAGAUGAAUGUGUCCUGUCUUAAGAUGUUCUGGAGCUCAUGCGUGCAUUGUCUGUGCGACCCAUGCUGGGAAGCGUGUGGCCUGUGUCUCAGCCUCAUCCGUGUACAAAACAAAAACGGAUAAUGUACUGGUCCUCACCUCAUCAGCUCCUAACCCUGACACUACUGAGGUCCAACUGUCCCUGUAUAUAUAACAACACUGUUGCACUGUCCUACAAAACACAAUGUAUCACAGCACGCGUCCUGCAAUGUUACACACCUUGACAUUGCAAUGGUUCCUAUGUCCGUAUCGUUCUGUCACCAAGAGGACGAUUACUAUCCAAGAGUAACUAAUUACUGGACUGUUAUAUACUUUAUAGCAUUAAUAUUACCCCAUUGUAAUAUUCGUUCCUGAUAAUAAAGAGUUUUGUGCCUCAAAGUGACACUGACUCAUUUAAUGCUUGUAUUUAUCUGUUGCAAAUAAUAAAAUAUAUACGUUUUGCUAGGA